CAACAGCUUCUCUCUACACAUCACCACCACACCAAUUGAGCAAUGCAGCGCCUCACAUAUCUCCUAGGCCCAUCGCUCCGUGCACGUCCCGUCCUGCGGCGGUUGGCUCAGCCAGCCAGUGCCGGGUUCUUCAGAGCUCCCAUAAGCACCCACACCGUUCCGACUCUCAAAGACCCGACACUCCUGAAACCAUUCCCCUUCCUGGACAAUGAAUUCCUUGUGCCCACGGCCUCCCAAAGUACCUUCACGGUCGCCGACCCCGUGUCCGGCCAGACCAUCGCGCAAGUCCCUGACCAAGGCGUCGAGGACGUGCGGCGGGCCAUCAGCUCCGCGUCCACGGCCUUCAAGUCGUUCCGGCACACGACCGCGCGCGAGCGCGCCAACCUUCUGCGGCGGUGGAACGACCUCGUGCUAGAGAACAAGGAGGACCUCGCCACGAUCAUAACGUGGGAGAACGGCAAGCCGAUCGCCGACGCCCGCGGCGAAGUCUCGUACGCCGCCAGCUUCCUCGAGUGGUUCGCCGAGGAGGCUCCCCGCGUCUAUGGCGACACCAUCCCCGCCGGCGUGCGCGCGAACCGCAUCAUCACCCAGCGCCAGCCCAUCGGCGUCUGCGGGCUCAUCACCCCUUGGAACUUUCCGGCCGCCAUGAUCACACGCAAGGUGGGGCCUGCGCUGGCAGCCGGGUGCACCGUCGUCAUCAAGGCGCCGGGUGAAACGCCGUUGACGAGUUUGGCGUUGGCGGAGCUGGCGAAGAGGGCGGGCAUCCCGCCGGGUGUGCUGAAUAUCGUUACGACUCUCGAGAAUACGCCAGAGGUCGGAAGGGAGAUGUGUAGCAACUCAACGGUGAAGAAGAUUUCGUUUACCGGAAGCACGCCGGUGGGAAAGCUGCUUAUGCGGCAGUCAGCCGACACGCUGAAGAAGCUCAGCUUUGAGCUGGGCGGUAACGCACCGUUCAUUGUCUUCGACGAUGCGGACCUUGACAUCGCCGUUGCUGGUGCGGUCAUAUCGAAAUUCCGCAGUUCGGGCCAGACCUGUGUCUGUGCCAACCGUAUCUUUGUCCAAGAGGGCGUAUAUGAUGAGUUCGCCGAGAGGCUCUCAGAUAAGGUUAAGGAAUUCCGGGUCGGCUCGGGUUACAAUACGAAUACUACUCAUGGCCCGCUUAUUCAUCCCCGCGCGGUAAAGAAGGUGCAUGAUCAUGUUGAGGAUGCACGGGAGGCGGGCGCAGAGGUGCUGCUCGGUGGGAAGAAGAUGGAGCAUCUCGGAAUGAACUUUUAUGAACCUACUAUUCUCACCGGGAUGAAGACGGAGAUGCGUCUCUACCGCGAGGAAACUUUCGGGCCGGUGGCAGCACUGUUCCCUUUCAAGACGGAGAAGGAAGUUGUCGAGCUUGCGAAUGAUACCGACGUGGGCCUUGCGGCAUACUUCUUCUCGAAGGAUUAUAGUCGGAUCUGGCGGGUGGCUGAGGCCCUGGAAGUGGGGAUGGUCGGGAUCAAUACCGGGCUGAUCUCCGAUCCUGCGGCUCCGUUCGGAGGAGUCAAGCAGAGCGGCUUUGGAAGGGAAGGGAGCAAGUACGGGAUCGAUGAGUACACGGUCGUCAAGAUGAUGACGUUCGGCGGGAUUGGUGAUCUGCAGGAGUAGUGUAUUAUAGCAGAGAUGAUUGCACCAUUCGGUGAUGCUCUUGCCAUAGAAAUAAGCACUCAGCACAACCGGCUACACGGAUAUCACACACUCCCUACCUACUAUGGCAGGCCCUCAAUCAAUUUUUUGAAAUUGUAUCUUGAACAGGUGGUUGUGGAUGUUUCGGGAAGGCUUUUUUUGUUUCAUCCUGGAUUGAUUGCGGCCUAUCUACCCAGAUCAUGGCGGUACACUCUCUGUUUCUAUGUCUACUGUC